AUGACGGAGGAUAGGAGUUGGAUGAGGCUACCUAGACGCUUGCCUGAAUUUGAAAAUGGAUUGGUUAAUUUCCUUAAUGCUUCAUUUGCUAAGGCAUCCCGAGGGAAUCAAAUUAGAUGUCCAUGCAAGCAAUGUAAGAAUCGGUAUUGGUGUCAUAGAAGUGAAGUCUAUGAUCACUUAAAAGUGGAUGGCUUUGUGGAUGACUAUGAAAUUUGGAGUUUCCAUGGGGAGGACCAUGUAUCCAUGGGGCAAGUCGAUGUUAUGGAAGAAGAUAACUUUGUCAUGCAUGAUAGCAUAGAUGAAUUAAUGCAUGAUCGGUUCAGAGAGACCAUAGUGGGGGCUGGGAACUCCCAAGGGCCAAAUGAGGAAGCUAGAAAGUUUCAUAGAUUGGUGGAAGAAGGCAACCAAGAGUUGUUUCCUGGAUGUAAGACCUUUUCAAAGCUAUCUUUCAUCAUUCGACUCCUCCUUUACAAGACUCUUCAUGGUCUUAGUAAUGUGGCUUUUGAUGAUCUUCUUAAGCUUUGGAAAGAGGUUAUUCCCAAUGCCAACCUUCCUUCAAAUUUUAAUGAAGCUAAAAAAAUAAUAAGAGAUUUGGGACUUGAUUAUCAGAAAAUUCACGCAUGCCCUAAUGAUUACAUGUUGUAUUGGAAAGAAUAUGAAGAUGCAGAAGAAUGUUAUGUUUGCCAUACAUCAAAAUGGAAACAACCGGAAGAGAAUCAAGGAAAUGGUAUAGCUAAGCCUUCUAAGAAGAAGUCUCGCAUUCCGGCCAAGGUAUUAUGGCAUUUUCCAUUGAAACCUAGGCUUCAAAGGUUGUUCAUGUGCUCCCAGACAGCACAAUCCAUGGCUUGGCAUGCUGAUGAACGUGAGGAAGAUGGGAAUCUACGUCAUCCGGCGGAUGGAUUGACAUGGAAAAGUUUUGAUUCUUUGUAUCCAAAUUUUUCCAAGGACUCUAGAAAUGUCCGUUUGGGUUUAGCUAGUGAUGGGUUCAGCAAUAAUAUUGAUGUCUACAUGCAACCCUUGAAGGAAGAACUUUUAGAUUUGUGGAAUAAUGGAGUUCAAACAUAUGAUAAGUACAAUGAUCAAACUUUUCAAUUGCAUGCUGCAUUAAUGUGGACCAUUAGUGAUUUUCCAGGUAGUAAGAAGGCUUUCAAUGGAAAAGAGGAGCAACGACCUCCUCCAAAACCCUUAACUGGGAUCGAAAUUCAUAGUGAGUUGUUGAAUUUUGAAAAUUCGUUUGGAAAAACUGUUAGGAGGAGGAAUGAUCCCCAGUAUCCAUGGAAAAAAAGACCAUGGUUUUUUGACUUGCCAUAUUGGAAGGAUAUUUCUUGUCGGCAUAAUCUGGAUGUGAUGCACAUUGAAAAAAACCUUUGUGAUAAUCUACUUGGGACUUUGUUGGAUAUUAAGGGAAAAACAAAGGAUCAUGCAAAAGGUAGAUUUGAUCUUAUGGAUUUAGGUUUCAAAGAAGAGUUGCAUCGUCAACUUGCAGAUGAUGGUAAACAUGUUUUCUUCAAAAAAGGAAGCUUUUCAAUGUCACCUCAAGAGAAAGAUAUCUUCUGUCGAGCUUUGAAGGAAGCAAAACUACCAUAUGGGUGUGCAUCUAAUAUUGCUCGUUGUGUGCGUUCCUCCGAAAGGAAAGUUGUUGGGUAUAAAAGUCACGAUGCACACAUUAUAUUGCAUUACCUACUACAAGUUGUUGUGAGAAAAUCUUUACCCAAGCAUGUGGCAAUUCCUCUCAUCAGGCUUGGAGCUUUCUUUCGAAAGCUUUGCGGCAAGGUUAUUGAUCCAAAAGACCUUGAUAGCUUGCAAACUGAAAUAACUGAGACAUUAUGUGAACUUGAGAAGAUAUUUGUACCUUCAUUCUUUGAUAUUAUGUCAUAUGUGCGUAAUCGAAGCCAUCCAGAGGGAUCCAUGGCAGAAGGGUAUUGGUUAGAUGAGUGCUCAAAUUUUCUUGCAUGGUAUAUGCAAGGAGUGAAGUCAACUCAUUCCAAUGAAGACAAGAAAGUGCACCAAGUUUGGUAUGCUCCAGAUCCUAUUAACUCGAGGUUGAAUUAUGUUAUGAAUGCAAUUCCAAGGGACAUUUAUGAUUUUGGGGAAGGUGAAGAGGUUGCACACUCUAAUAGGUGUGUGCCCGAAGACAAUGGCUCGACUUCCCUUGUUAGUAUUGAUGAUACAGAAAUUAACUUAUCAAGGGAAGAUAUAGAGCCUAUGGUAAUGGAUGCAAAUGUCACUCUUGAUGGUGUUGCAACAGAUGAGCAAAACCGUGAAGACUCAGAUUUUGAUGAUACCGUGUGGGAUUGGAUGGAAGCAGAUGAGGAUUUCGACAAUGUUGCUGAAUGA